UUUUUCAUUCACUUUUUGAACGUCAUAGCAGAAUCUUAUGACAAUUGAGUCGAUUCUGGUUACAUCAUUUAAUAGUUAUACAAUUUAAAUUUUAUAUAUAUUAUGUGCAUACUGAAAAAAUUUUUGCAUGUUGAUAAUGUAUAAGAUAUUUUCUUUAUAUGGAGAAUUAUGUGCUACGCAUCCAUGGGAAGUUAUUUUUACUAUUAUAGCAUUUACGACAUGUUUUUUAACAUUGGAUAAACCCCAUACAAUAAAACCUAAUACAUUAUCUUCAUCAUGUACUACAUGCACCGAAGACCAUUUUGUAGCUGCCGAUAUAGUAGUAAUGACAAUAAUUAGAUGUCUUGCUAUUCUUUACAGCUAUCAUCAAUUUAGAAAUCUGCAGAAAUUAGGAUCAAAAUAUAUUUUAGGUUUUGCUGGACUUUUUGUUGUAUUUUCAAGCUUUGUUUUUACAUCUGCAGUACUAAAUACACUCCACAUUGAAUUAUCAGAUUUAAAAGAUGCUUUAUUCUUCUUUUUAUUGAUGAUUGAUAUGUCAAAAGCUGCCAAAUUGGCUCAAUAUGCACUCUCUGCAUCGAAUCAAAGUGAAAUUAAAACUAAUAUAUCACGGGGAGUUGCAGUUUUGGGACCUACUAUAACAUUGGAUACUAUUGUAGAAACGUUAGUAAUAGGAAUGGGUACACUAUCGGGUGUUCACCGCUUAGAAAUGCUUUCCUAUUUUGCUUGUAUGUCAGUAAUUGUUAAUUAUGUUAUUUUAUUAUCAUUUUAUCCAGCAUGUCUUGCUCUAAUGUUGGAUUUAAGUAAAAUUACUGAUAAUUACUUGCAACAUGAAGACAGUAAUGUACUGGUAGAUGAGAAAGAUAAAUCAAAUCCAGCUGCCCAGAGAGUGAAAUUGAUAAUGUCUAUUGUACUCACAAUAGUUCAUAUUUACAGUCGUUGGACAAUACAAACAGAAAACUUUAAUGAUGUUAAUGGCAACAAGACAGAUACUCCUUGUACUGAAAGUAGUUCAAUUUACGGGUUUUUAUUAAAACAAUUUGCAUUAAGUGCCGACCAUAUAGUAAUUUUAGUGUUAUUAAUAACUCUGUUAGUUAAAUUUAUUUAUUUCGAAAAUAAGGAUGAUUUUGAACACAAUAAUGAAUUUAUAGUUGAUACACAUAAAGAUAACAGAUUGGCAAAAAGGCAAGAAAGAACGAUUUCUAGUAGUGUAGAAGUCCAAACUGAUGAAGAUAUUGAAAAAAUAUUUGAAUCUUCAGAACCAAAUUCUACUCGAUGUUUACAAGACUGUCUGCAGUUACUGCGAACUGAUAAAGCUUAUGAGCUUUCUGAUAAAGAAAUUAUCAAUCUAGUAGAUACUAAACAUAUUCCUGCAUAUACCUUAGAAAAAGCACUGAAAAAUCCAGCAAGAGGCGUUAAAAUUAGGAGACAAAUACUUCAAAAUAUGUUGAAGUAUAAAGAAUCUAUUAAUUAUUUACCUUAUCAGAGUUAUGAUUAUAGCAAGGUAAUGGGUGCAUGUUGUGAAAAUGUAAUAGGUUAUGUUCCUGUACCUGUGGGGAUUGCUGGACCUCUUGUUUUAGACAAUAAAUGUUUCUACAUUCCAAUGGCAACAACUGAAGGCUGCUUAGUAGCUAGUACAAAUAGAGGCUGUAGGGCAAUUGAAAAAAAUGGAGUAAAAAGCAGAAUAGUAGCUGAUGGUAUGACUAGAGGACCUGUUAUUAGAUUUAUAUCAAUAGUAACUGCCACAGAAGCACUACAAUGGUCCAAAAAGGAAGAAAAUUUUUUAAUUUUGAAGAAUGCAUUUGAUUCAACAAGUAGAUAUGCUAGACUUCUUAAAAUUACCACACAUAUGGCUGGACGCUAUCUUUUUAUUAGAUUUGUAGCUGAAACAGGAGAUGCAAUGGGCAUGAAUAUGAUCUCGAAAGGUACUGAGAAAGCUCUCAGUGCAAUGAAAUUACACUUUCCAGAUAUGGAAGUAUUGAGUUUAAGUGGAAAUGUAUGUACUGAUAAAAAACCAUCUGGGAUAAAUUGGAUAGAAGGCAGAGGAAAAUCUGUAGUUUGUGAAGCAAUUAUUCCCGAUCAUGUUGUUUCAUCUGUUCUGAAAACAACCAGUUCAGCAAUGGUUGAUUUGAAUAUUUCAAAAAAUUUAAUUGGCUCAGCAGUUGCUGGUAGUAUAGGUGGUUUUAAUGCCCACGCAGCUAAUAUAGUAACUGCUAUCUUUAUAGCUACGGGUCAAGAUGCUGCACAAAAUGUCUCAAGUAGUAAUUGUUUGACGAUUAUGGAACCUUGGGGUGAAAAUGGCGAGGAUCUAUAUAUAUCGUGCACAAUGCCUUCCAUAGAAAUAGGAACUAUUGGAGGUGGCACAAUCCUACCUGCUCAGCAAGCCUCUCUAAAAAUAUUAGGCGUAGCUGGUCCCAAUGAAACUUCACCAGGAGACAAUGCCAAACAACUUGCUAGAAUAGUAUGUGGAACUGUAUUAGCGGGAGAAUUGUCGUUAAUGGCGGCAUUAGCUAGUGGACACUUAGUGAAGAGCCAUUUGAAGUACAAUAGGUCUUACAACAGUAGAGAUAAUUCAAGUUUAAGUAGAGAUCUUUAUGGGAGCUCAUGUGAUUCGACAAAAAUAACUUAGAUGUGAUACUGAUUUUAUUAAAUUAUUUAUUUUUA